CAGGGACGCCAGUGUCGUUUUUUAAAUUACACAAAAACACAUAAAAUGACUAAAAAGAGACAAAGAGUUACACUAAUAACUAAAUGUCUAAUUAAUCUAAACGGUGAACAUCGGGAAUCCGUUCUGCCGCUGGGCGGACUGUGGGUCUCACACCAGAUUAGCAGGGGGCGCUGGUGCUCCUUUAAGCGGGUUUUUCGACCGUCAUUAAAGCCGACGAAGAAGUGUCCCCCCUCUGAACGUCAUCCGGCCGCUCUGUGAUUGGCUGGCAGGGCUGUGGGUAAACAAAGCUGCCGAACGGCUGGACCCGCUCGGUUCGGUCGUGAUGAUAAAACUCUCCGGUUAAUGCGACACCGAGCGGAACCUCCGGUAUUUACCGAACGGCGGAGCCUCACCGGCGACAACCUCCAGGAGCCGCGGCUCGCUCCGGUCCCGGUGCUAUCAUGAGCCGGUCUGCGGUCUGACAGUGGGAGGAUGGCUGCGGAGCUGUUCCCCAGCAACAAGCUGCUUCCCUCCGCCUCAGCCAGCAGCUCCACGGCGCUCCAGCAGAACCUCACCAACAAUAACAACACGAAGAGCUGCUGUAGCUGGCAGGGCCUGUACCCGACCAUCCGGGAGAGGAACUCAGUCAUGUUCAACAAUGAGAUGAUGGCAGACGUCCACUUUGUGGUGGGACCUCCUGGGGGGACGCAGCGAGUCCCAGGACACAAGUACGUUCUGGCCGUUGGCAGCUCCGUGUUCCACGCCAUGUUCUAUGGAGAACUGGCCGAGGACCAGGACGAGAUCCGGAUCCCCGACGUGGAGCCGCCGUCCUUCCUGGCCAUGUUGAAGUACAUCUACUGUGAUGAGAUCGACCUGUGCGCCGACACGGUGCUCGCUACGCUCUACGCCGCCAAGAAGUACAUCGUUCCUCACCUGGCUCGGGCCUGCGUCAACUUCCUGGAGACGAGUCUGAGCGCCAAGAAUGCCUGCGUGCUGCUGUCCCAGAGCUGCCUGUUCGAGGAGCCCGACCUGACGCAGCGCUGCUGGGAGGUGAUCGACGCCCAGGCCGAGCUGGCGCUGCGCUCCGAGGGCUUCUGCGACAUCGACGUCCAGACACUGGAGAGCAUCCUGCGGCGGGAGACCCUCAACGCCAAAGAGAUGGUGGUGUUUGAGGCGGCGCUGAGCUGGGCCGAGGCCGAGUGCCAGCGGCGGGAGCUGCAGCCGACCAUCGAGAACAAGCGCCUGGCGCUGGGGAAGGCCAUCUACCUGAUCCGCAUCCCCACCAUGGCGCUGGAGGACUUCGCCAACGGGGCGGCGCAGUCCGGCGUGCUCACGCUCAACGAGACCAACGACAUCUUCCUGUGGUACACCGCCGCCAAGAAGCCCGAGCUGCUGUUCUGCAGCAAACCCAGGAAAGGCCUGUCGCCGCAGCGCUGCCACCGCUUCCAGUCCUGCGCCUACCGGAGCAACCAGUGGCGCUACCGCGGCCGCUGCGACAGCAUCCAGUUCGCCGUGGACAAGCGCGUCUUCAUCGCCGGCUUCGGCCUGUACGGCUCCAGCUGCGGCUCGGCCGAGUACAGCGCUAAGAUCGAGCUGAAGCGGCAGGGCGUGCCCAUGGCCCAGCGCAUCAUCAAGUACUUCUCCGACGGCUCCAGCAGCACCUUCCCCGUCUGGUUCGAGUACCCGGUGCAGAUCGAGCCCGACACCUUCUACACCGCCAGCGUGGUUCUGGACGGCAACGAGCUCAGCUACUUCGGCCAGGAGGGCAUGACGGAGGUGCAGUGUGGGAAGGUCACCUUCCAGUUCCAGUGCUCCUCGGACAGCACCAACGGCACCGGAGUGCAGGGAGGACAGAUCCCCGAGCUCGUCUUCUACGCCUGAAGUCCAGAGACCUCAGGAUCCUCCUGGACUCACUGCCCAGAACCUGAACCAGAACCUGAACCUGGUCAGACAGCAGGUGGGUCCAACCUGUCAGACCUUCAUGUAGAUUUUAAAAUCUGUUCAUUUCAAUUCUGAACAAACGAAGAAACGGUGUAUUUGUCGGGACUAUUUUCUGCUCCGGAUUAAUCCACCAAAUCACCAGAUUCUGAACGCCAGCCAGCAGGUUCUGGGUGUUUUCUGUCUCAUUUUAACUCGCUAAAGUCCUGCAGCUCUGUGGAACCAGAACAUCGUGAAGAACGACAAAAUAUGUGUUUCAAAUAACAAAAAAACAGAAGAAACAUCACGACUUUAAGCUCAGAUUUAUUAUUUCCUGACAGAAAAGCACAGAUGAGGCGUUCAAGGACCAGCAGUUCUGUUGUUUUUUACAGUUCCUCGGUGGUUAGCAUCUUUGUGGAGAAGAUUCGUCUCCUUUGGGGUUCAGAAGGUUCAGAUUUCACUCAGUGGAAGGAAGCAGCCGCGUUUAGAAGAAAUGGAUUCAGUUCAUGAAUAAAUGAACGGAUUAACGGAGAAUCUGCAGAAGUUUUCUCAUAAAUUCGUGGAUCAGCAUGAAAUGAUCCGAUUCCACUCCUGUAUGAAUGAAGAACUUCAGUGUUUAACAACAGAAGUUUAGACGUCACAAAGGCGUAAAAAAAAUCCAAAUUAUGGGAUAAAAGUCAAAUAUCAGUAAAAGUCAGAUUUAAGAGAUAAAAAUCUUAUUUCCACGUUUGUAAAAUCGUGUUUCUGACUAAAAAAAACCCUGAAAAGAUCAGAUAAAAUUUAACUUGAUUUAAAUUUUUUCAAGUCAUAAAACAUAAAAUCUUCUCUGAAAAGUCCUUUUAGUUUAUUUUUUUAAAUUACUCAAACUUCUUCAAUCAGUAGUUUUAAUUUACUUUUGAUGCUUUUUAAAAUCACGAUGUGAACAGAAAAAAAAAUCAGAUGAAAAGUGAAAUCUGUGAGAAAAAAAUCAGAUGUUUUAACUUGAGCUUAAAUCAUCAGAAACACAAAAUUAUGAAUUAAAAUGUUUGAGGAGAAGUCAAAAUUGUGAGUUAAAAAGUUAAUUUUGAUGUUUGAAUUUAUUAGUUUCAACUUUAGUUUGAUGACAUGAACAUUAAAAUGUCUGAUUAUUGGAUUUAAAGUGAAAAAUAUUUGGCAACAAAUUCAAAGUUAAAGUUGAAUGUUGGAGUAAAAAGUAAAACGUCAAAUUUAUUAUUAAUAAUUAAAAAUUCUAAUAAAAGUGCAUUUUUUGUACUUUAAUGAACUUAAUUGUUUAUUGUGUUAAGACUCACAAACAGGAAACACAUUUUUUUAACUCAGGAUGUCUGGAUUUCUAGCAUCCCUUCAAAAUAAAGCUCCAUAAACCUGUUGAAUGGUUUCCUCACUCGGUGCUCCUGUUUGGUUUCAGAGAAACCAGCGUCUGUUUGUGGCCUUAAAGAAAAUGCUUUUAUUUUAUAGGAGAAGGUGUUUCCUGUGCAGCUCUGAAAACAUUCCUGCUCCUCCUGAAGGACUUACAGAACAAAUGAAGCUUUUAUUGUGAAGCCUGUUGAUGGUUGAAUAUUAGUUUUUGUAUUUCCUGUUUUUAUCUGCAGACUUUGUACCGUUUCAGCGGUUUUAACUCUUUCUUUGUCUUGUGUUUCACCUUUUCUGUUCUGUUGUUUUUGUAAAUAUGUUUCUGUGAUGCACUUCUUUGUCGAAUCGUUUUGAAAACAGAGGACGAAGCGUUUUUUAUCCGAUUCUUUACCCAGAAAACGUCUAUUUUUGUUUCCAGAAUGUGCAGCGAGUCGAUGGAAAUAAAAGAUUUAGAGUCCUGA